CCGCACGCCGCAUUCCCAAGGAAGCAAAGGCGAGCCGGUGACGUCAUACCCAUCGCAACCGCGCGCCAUGUGACAUAUCUAGGUCCCCCAUCGCGAGUAGCGCGAAGGCUACAGGCGUAGCAAGUACUUGUAGGGCUUCGUUCCCGCUUCGACGCGUUGCAAUAGAGUGUCGGUAGUAUUUUUGUAAUUGAGAUUCCUCCUCUUCCUCCUCUUCCCCCCUUCUCGGACGAUCGCCGAGCAGGACGGCGAUAACGGCGACUUCCCACCUCCGCACCCCCUCUCCAAUCAUCCUGUCUCCACGGCCACGCACACGAAUUGAGCAAUUGAGCAGGACUGUACAUUGCAAUGGAGAAUCCAGUCAAAGAAAUCUCCGGCGUGAUCCACCUCCUCACGCAGUCGCCGCCUUCGGAGCAGCGCGCCACCAUCGAGACGUACUUCACGCCAGCAGCCUCGUUCACGCAUCCGUUCUGCAGAACCGGCAAAUGGGAAAACUCGCGGUGGCUCGUCAUUGCUAUUUACAGAUGGUACAAGAUUAUGAGUCCGAGGAUUGAUAUCUCGGUUGAGAGUGUUGCGUUCGACGAACCGAACCUGAAACUCUACGUAACCAUCUUCCAAGUCUUCCGCAUCUGGAUCAUACCCUUCUACUCGGCGCCGGUCCGGCUCGUCACCGUGCUGAACCUCAAGCGCAACCGCGGCGACGGCAAGCUGUACAUCGACGGCCAGAACGACCUGUACCAGGUGGACCAGUUCGUAAAGUUUGUAGCCCCUGGUGGUUGGGCGUUGGUGUGGCUGUGGCAGUUUUGGGCGACGGCGUUUUGCUUGCUGGGCGCCUUGGUGCUUUGGCCUGUCUCUGCGGCGGAGGAGUAUGUCGCGGUUAGGAGGGGAGGUAAAGGGAGGGGGAGGGGGAAUGGAGGGAUUAAGGUGGGGAAAGGGGUUGGAGAGGGGAUUGAGUUGAGGGAUUUGGAGAGGAAAGGGUUGGUGAAUGGGUGAUUGAUGGGCGGAUGAAUAUUCCUGGUUUUUGUUUAAGUGGACAAGGUGUUCGUGCUUUGGAAUCGCCCAUUUAUGUAGUUGGGUAUCUUGGAGCGUACAGAUGGCAAGUCAUGUUUCUUAGGCAUGGUGAAAAUCUUGAGACGUCCUUCGUAGUCGCGUACUCGCAUUGCCUCGUUCCUCUCCAUCAUCCGAAGGUUUAGAUGCCAUUGCGUAGAAUCGGGCUAGAUAUUGGGCCAUUGAGAUUUGAAUGUAGGAAUAGCGAAGUCGGUCUUGAGCCUUCUUUUCACAUUUUCUUGGUUUCUCAGGUAACUAUCGAAUCAAGACCUUGGCAACAGUUUAUAUUUCUAGCAAGAUUGGUAAAACGACACAGACUCAUAGAG